GCCCCCGCCCCCUCCUCCUCUCCCUCCGCCGCCGCGGAGCGUAGCCGCCGGAAAGUUUGCUAGAGGCUGGCGCGGGGCGCGGGGCGCGGGCGCGGAGCCGGCGCCGACCCUGAUCUGGCAGCGCCGUGGAGACGAGCGGCGGCCGGCCCCUAACCCGUGCGCGCGGAGGACUACGGGGAUCGCGAAGCGGCCGGAGCGGCGCGCGACCCUGCUGCUCUGAUACUGAGCAGCCCCCGGAGGACAGUGCACCCACGAGGACCUCUUUGCCCCAGCUGUGCAACCCCAGCCAGAUGUGGGGGGCAGCUGCCCAGAGGCAUGCCCCCCGUCCUGCCGCGCUGCCCCCACCUCCUCCUGCUUCUGCUGCUGGCCUGCCAGCCGCAGGCCCCCUCCGCUCAGGUGAUGGACUUCCUGUUUGAGAAGUGGAAGCUCUAUGGUGACCAGUGUCUCCACAACCUGAGCCUGCUGCCCCCCCCAACUGAGCUGGUCUGUAAUAGAACCUUUGACAAAUAUUCCUGCUGGCCGGACACCCCUCCCAACACCACAGCCAACAUCUCCUGCCCCUGGUACCUGCCCUGGCACCACAAAGUGCAGCACCGCCUCGUCUUCAAGAGGUGUGGGCCUGAUGGGCAGUGGGUACGUGGGCCGCGGGGGCAGCCAUGGCGAAAUGCUUCCCAGUGCCAGAUGGACGACAAGGAGCUUGAGGUCCAGAAGGAGGUGGCCAAGAUGUACAGCAGCUUCCAGGUGAUGUACACCGUGGGCUACUCCCUGUCCCUGGGGGCCCUGCUCCUGGCCCUGGCCAUCCUGCUGGGCCUCAGCAAGCUGCACUGCACCCGAAACUACAUCCACGUGAACCUGUUCGCGUCCUUCGUGCUCAAGGCCAGCUCUGUGCUGGUCAUCGACACGCUGCUCAAGACCCGCUACAGCCAGAGGAUUGGGGACGACUUCAGCGUGAGCGUCUGGCUGAGUGACGGGGUGAGCUCCCAGAUCCGGCCUCUUGGCCUCCGGGCCCUGGGCGGCAGGCAGCUGGGAGGCCCGCACUCAUGCUGCCCCCGCGGCCAGGCAGUGGCCGGCUGCCGGGUGGCUGCGGUGUUCAUGCAGUACGGCGUCGUGGCCAACUACUGCUGGCUGCUGGUGGAGGGCGUGUACUUGCACAGCCUGCUGAGCUUCGCCACCAUCCCUGAAAGGAGCUGCUUCCCCCUCUACCUGGGCAUCGGCUGGGGUGCCCCCAUGCUGUUCGUCACCCCCUGGGUGGUGGUCAAGUGUCUGUUUGAGAACAUCCAGUGCUGGACCAGCAAUGACAACAUGGGCUUCUGGUGGAUCCUGCGCUUCCCUGUCUUCCUGGCCAUCCUGAUCAACUUCUUCAUUUUCGUCCGCAUCCUUCACCUCCUGGCGGCCAAGCUGCAAGCCCACCAGAUGCGCUAUACUGACUGCAAAUUCCGGCUGGCCAAGUCCACGCUGACCCUCAUCCCCCUGUUGGGGGUCCACGAGGUGGUGUUUGCCUUUGUGACCGACGAGCAUGCCCAGGGCACCCUGCGCUCCGCCAAGCUCUUCUUCGACCUCUUCCUCAGCUCCUUCCAGGGCCUGCUGGUGGCUGUUCUCUACUGUUUCCUCAACAAGGAGGUGCAGUCGGAGUUGCUGCGGCGCUGGCAUCGUUGGCGCGAGGGCAAAGCACUGCAGGAGGAGUGCCAUGUCGGCAGCCACACGGCCAGACCCACUGGUGGCCCCCCCAGUGAGAAGCUGCUGCUCUCAAGGGGCGGUGGCAGCAACAGGACUAGCCAGGACCCCUCUACGGAGACCCACUUGGCUGGCGGCCUCCCUGGAUUGGCUGAGAACCCCUUCUGAAGCCCCCUGGAACUUCAGCUGUGGCUGGACUCAGGUGCCCAGAGAGGGCAUCACUGGACAAUCCAUAACCGAUGCCCAACAGAGGCAAGAGCGUGGGAGCCAGACAGCACCCUGCUGUCCACAUGUCCCCAGUGUGGCGGUCUGAGGGGCACCUGCUCUGUGCCAAGGGGUGGGGGAGGGGGGGUGGCGGGGAAGCUGUUCUGUGAAUGCAUGCCCGUGUGUCCCCGUGUGUGUCAGUGUGUCUGAGUUAGAGAAAACAUGUGUCCUCCAACAAUAAAGAGCUCUGUGCUCACCCUGGGUGGAGAGCUGGGCUGGAGGAGAGGGGCCAGCUGGGCCCAGGGCCUCCCCGUGAGAAGGGAGUAGCCGUGGAUGGCCCGUGCUGGCUUGCUCCUUCUAGACUUCUCCUUGUUGCCCCAUCAUACAGGUGAAUUGGAGCUGGAA